AUGCGCAACCCAUUCAAGCCAAGACAAGCGCCAGCUCAGAGCUGGGCGAGGAGAUCAUCAGUCCUAUCUGCCGACGACCCGGUCUUCAAAGACGUUGACGAAAGCGAACGCAAAAGCAUAGAGGCCAGCACAGUAAAGCAACAACAAAAGAGCCCACAAGACUCAAUUAGAGAACCGUUGAAGCAUUCCGGUGGGGAUGAUGCUGUCGCCCUGAGCGGGGGAUUAUCUUCUCACGAUAGCGACAGUACUAAUGCGGGCCAUGAUUACGCCGCAAUCGCUGGGUCAUUCGCUGGCGCCGACUACUCUGGACAAUGA